UUCUUCUUCACACUGUUCACCCAGCCCAAUACUACUGCCACCAGGCGACGCCGCGGCUGGGUCCUUCUGCAGCCUGCUCCUGAAAGAUCAUCAAAAACGGUCUGAUACAACAUUUCCGCCUUGAUCCACCUGAAAGCCGCCGUGAAGCACUGAUUGGUCCGCAAGCCGUGGGAAACGGACGCGAUCUCUUCAGGGGCACGCAGAAGGACUCAACCUAAGCCAUGCCAGGGAACAGUAACCCAGAGGGCGAGAUCAGUGCCUUCAUUAGCAAAUUCUACCCGGAUGAGAAUGUACGCUCGGCGCUGUCCUACCAGCCUCAAGCCGACGACAUCUUCGUCGUGACACAUUUUCCCUUCUGCGGAGGCACCUGGGUGCAACUGAUAAUCUACCACAUUCUCCACAAGAGGGCGCCACCAUCUCCUCUUAUGGAACGGGCCGCGCACCUACCCCACCUCGAAUUGCAGGGCUCCGAUGCUGUCCAGGCCAUGCCGAGACCCGGAAGCAUACGCACCCACCUUCCUUUCCACCUUGUUCCUCAAGCAGACUGCGCAAAGUACAUCUACGUCGCGAGAAACCCGUACGACUGCUGCGCGCAAUUCUUUGAACAGAUUUCCAGCAGCCAAGGGAAGAGCGUGGACGAGGCAUUCAAGACGUUCCCCUCGUUUUUUGAUCAGUUCGUCGAGGGCCGAGCCUUCUGUGGUGAUUACCUCACCGACCUUGUGUCCUGGUACAAACGAAGGUUCGACGACAACGUCCUAUUUCUCACUUACGAAGAUUUGAAAAAUGAUAACAUGACAACACUUUUGAGGAUUGCCGACUUCCUGGACGAGGAAGGCCAGUAUGGUGAGUGGCUGAGGCGGAACAGAAAGUUCUUGAGGAAGAUCUGCGCCGAGACUCAAUACGAGGGUGUUUGGGAGUGUGUGGAGGAGCACACGAAGCUGAAGAUGAAGGAGGCAGCCGCCUUGCCUGAUGAAGGCAAACCAGACUGGGUGAAGCAACUGCAGAAAGUCUCAGGGACCUUCGGACGGCUGUUCGGCAUGAAGUGUGAUGAAGGCAAAAUCCGGCUAAGCCGAGAAGACAUGUUUACACCUGACAUGACCAAGAAGCUCGAAGAGCGCCUAAAUAUUGCGGCUGGAGGCAGCAACCACAUCAUGACCUUGUGGACGAGCAUUGAGUAAUACCUUCUGAAUACCUGGCGUUGGUGCGGCCCGCUUAUGCGAUCUAUAGGAGAAGAGUUCCUUGAUGAAAAUUUUCUAGAACGUAGUAUGAUCAUUCAAAAUUAUACGUCGCCCACAUAAAUGUUGACUCAUUAUUUAACAGCCAUGUAUUAAGAAACCUGAGCACAAGAAAACAGAAGCAGUAUUAAUAAAGAAAAGGCGAUGAAAAAUUGAA